AUGAGUAAACAUAUAACAAAGUGCACACUAUCAAAUGAUUCUGUUAUAAAAUUAAUUGAUUGCACUAAAUUGAAUAUGUCCGAUGGCAAGGGCAUACUUGCUGCUGACGAAUCCACUGGUACAAUUAAGAAGAGGUUUAACAUGAUAAAUUUGGAAAAUACGGAAAAUUUACUUUUUACAACACCAUUAUACAAUCAAUACAUUUCCGGAACAAUACUGUUUGAUGAGGCUCUCUUCCAGAAUGAUCCCAAUGAGAAACCGUUUGUUGAAAUACUCAAAGUUAACAAAAUUAUAAUUGGCAUCAAAUUAAUUCCCAAUACCGAUAAAUACUUUACCAAAAGCUUUGGACGCCUUGUUUAUUCACUGCAAAAGUACUAUGAAGCUGGAGCCAGAUUUGCCAAAUGGAGAUCAGUAAUCUCGAUAGAUCUAAAAACAUCCAAACCUUCAAUGCUAUCCAUAAAUACUGUUUGUGAUGGUUUAGUUAAAUAUGCAAGUGUUUGCCAAGCAAAUGGCCUCUUUCCCAUUGUGGAACCGGAAAUUCUCGCCGACGGUGAUCACUCAAUUGAAACAUGUGCUAUUGUUAUAGAGAAAGUCCUAUCAGUGUUAUUUAAAUCCCUUUAUGACCAUAGAGUAGUAUUGGAAGGGACAAUACUCAAAAUCAAUAUGAUUACUCCUGGGUUUGAUUCUAAAAAUAAAAGCUCAUCUCAGGAAAUAGCCUACUUUACCACUAAGGCAUUGUUACGUACGGUACCACCUGCUCUAGGUGGUAUUGUAUUCCCUUCUGGAGGCCAAUUGGAAGCAGAUGCCACGGUGAAUUUGAAUUCAAUAAACAGAUUUGGAUCUUUUCCAUGGAAGCUAUCUUUAUCCUACGGCAGAACAUUACAAGCAUCAUCUCAACAAGUAUUUUUACAAAGAGCCAAGGGAAAUAGCAUGGCGUGCCUGGGCAAACUUAAUGUUUCUAAAGUUGGAGAUGCAUCAAAAAUAUAUUAUUUGAGAAACACUACACAUAUUAAUUUUAGCUACUCCAUCACAUAUUGUAUAACUUGUUAA